UGAGAAAUGCAAACGGCUGACUGGGAGAUUUCGGCAAUUGGAUUGAUAGGAUAUCACGUGACUUCCAAAAGUUGGCCGCGGGGUUGGCAAAAAAGUUGGAAUUCGAGCCUUGCAACAACUGCUCGGUUGGUAUCUUGAAGGGCAUCCUGAAGGUCGCCAGUAAUCAUACCGCUGUCUGGCAGAGGAGUUAGCAAAGCGGAUGAACAUUGGACCUUUAUCCAAUGGGAGCCGAUUGUUUGGAUUCAUCCGUCGCAGCAGGCCCUUGUCGAUCUCUGUCAGACACUGCUCAACCUCAUCUGACGCUAUGGACGUUCCGUACACUGUUCCACUACCGGGCGGGAUUCCGCUCAAUCAUAAACCUCACACGGAGAGCAAGACGACGAUAUUGCUGCCCUCCGCUGGCGCUUUUCUGAACCCACCUCAGCAGUUCAAUCGAGACCUCAGCGUCGCUGUCAUCAGAGCUUGGAACGAGAGGAGGAAGGAGCUGGCAGAGGCCAAGUACAAGGCUAAAGCUGAGAAAGGAAAGGGGAAGGGAAAGAAAGGUAAGAAGGGACAGGGAGAUGCAGAGCAUAGAGCCGAGGUCACUGUCAACCCCGAGGAGAUGACGGUGAAUGGUACUGGAGAGGGCUCCCACGGACAGCCGGUCGCUGGACCAUCGAACCCUAAACCCUUUCGACCCCACAAAAUCACCAUACUCGAAGCCCUCUCCGCCACCGGUCUCCGAGCUAUCCGAUAUGCAAAGGAGAUCCCGGAUGUCAAGUGUGUGCUGGCCAACGAUCUCUCCCCCUCUGCUUGCGAGGCAAUGCGGAUGAAUGUAGCGUAUAAUGGCGUGGCAGAAGACCCCUUGAAUCAUCCGCCGAGCAAGGCCGGUCCAUCAAGGACUGAUGCUGCUCAAUCGCAGACUGAGACGGAGGAAGGGUCUGGAAAGACUGCUCAUGGCGACGCUGAUAGCUCCGACAAAUCAAUCGAUGUGGGGAGACGAGCUGGAUGUGAUGGUUUCGUCAGAGUGACAGAAGGUGAUGCUUGUGAUCUGAUGCUGGCUCAUCGGCAUCCUGUCAAACGCGUCGAGGUCGUGGAUCUGGAUCCAUAUGGUACAGCUGCCCCCUUCAUCGAUGCAGCGGUGAACGCCGUGGCGGACGGCGGUCUGCUCUGCGUCACAUGUACCGACACUGCUGUCUUUGCUGGCAAUGCUUAUCCUGAAAAAUCAUUCUCAAACUACGGAGGUACCUGUGUCAACGCCGAAUACCGACAUGAAGUGGGACUCAGGUUGAUCCUCCAUUCUGUCGCCAACGCUGCUGCUCGCUAUGGCCGACAUAUUACUCCCUUGCUCUCCUUCUCCAUCGAUUUUUACGCUAGACUGUUCAUCCUGAUCACCACCAGUCCUGCUCAAGUCAAGGACUUGGCCAGCCAAACUGGCCUCGUCUUUUACUGUCCUUAUUGCCAUGUCAAUCAGAUCCAGCCGUUCGGACGUACUAUCCAGAAGGAGAAUGCGCUUGGGCAAUUGAUUAAAGACUACAAAUUGCCUCAAAAAGCUAUCGAUGGGGACAAAUGCGUGGAAUGCGGGACCAGACCAAACGUCGGCGGUCCCAUGUGGUUGGGCCCGAUUCAGGAUCCUGAAUUCGCCCGCAUAGUGUUGAAAGGCAUCGAAGGGGACAAGGAGCAGUACGGAACAUGGACGAGGAUGCACGGCAUGUUGACAUUGGCGGAGCAGGAGCUUCCCGACCCGUUCUACUUUACCCUGAACCGGAUUGCGAGUCAUUUCCACGCGACCAGCCCACCCAGUUCAACCGCGAUCAACGCGCUCCUCCAUGCGGGAUACAAUGUCUCUCGAUCACACGCUACCGCUGGAUCGUUAAAGACAAAUGCACCUUGGAGUUUCAUCUACGAUAUCAUGAGGGAAAGUAUCAAGACAAACCCGGUCAGAAUGGACAAUAUCGCAGAGAAGAGUCAAGCGAGGGAAUUAUUAGCCAAGGCUCAAACGCACGAGAUCAACUUGUCUAAACACCCUGAGACGUAUAAACUGGACAAGGGUCAAAAGGUGGUCUUUUAUCAGGAGAAUCCGACUCAGAACUGGGGUCCAGCUAGUAGGGCAAAAUCAUAUCAGAAACAUCAUCAGACCAAGCAGGGCCUGGCCGAGCACGUUGCGGAGCAUACUACAGCGAGCGAUGCUGCACCUGCCGAGCCCGGGGGGGAGAAGCGCAAAGCCGAACUUGAGGACAUGGGCGAAGAGACAAAUGUCAAGAGGGCAAAGGUGGGAUCAGAUGAAGUCGUUCCAGACGCCGAGUCGUGAAUGCAUCGUAAGGAGCAGUGAUUGCGG